UCUCUCUCUCUCUCUCUCCAGCCAUAAUCUACCUCAAUAUGAUGACAUGUUCGUGCAUCUCAUACCUAUCACUCACCGACGGUCUCCAAGUGGACCAUUCUUGCAUCGAUAAUGCAUCAAAAGAUCAGGACUUUCCAAAACCAUAUACAUAUUUUAACCAAUUAAAAACAAAGAUAAGAACCACAAACCUCCCCAUUAGGUAGGAAUCACGAGCUUCAUACUUGUGUCCAUAUUUGAUGCAGUCUCUGUAGCUAUACCGUUCCCCGAUCCUCGAUGCAGUCUCUAUCAGGUUUGAUGAUAAGAUCCUUGAGUUCCAUGCCAAGACAAAAGUUUUCGUUUGGUGGCCUCCCAUUGUUCGGACUACCUAUCAUUGUGGUUAGUCCUAGUCCUGCACUUUUUAUAUGUAGAAGAGUCCUUUCAUCGAAGAAGCCAAAUGAAAAAUAUCUUCGAUGCGGUUUUAACAUCAGAAACUAAAAAGGAACCAUACGAUGCUUUCUUGAAUACCUUUCAUAACUUUUGGCCUCAGAUUUAGCUACACAUAGAUGUAACCUGGAAGUUAGAUAGCAACACACCAUCACAGUAUGACGAUGAACAAAGUGGAUUCGGUGGUUGGAUCCUGUAGCAUCAUCUUAGAUGCACUAAGUUUCUCUGUGGAGAUAAUCUUUUUCGUCUCUCUUAAUCCAUGGACAAAUUAAAAUCAUUGAAGAAUAAAGCAGAUGAGGCCAUUGUAGUUGGUCUCGCCGUUUUCUUAGCCAUGGAUGCGGUGAGUUUGGAUGAUCGGGUUUGUGGAUUCGAUGAGAAGCGAGUUAUAUAUAUAGGUGAAGUUAGGGUAAUUGAAGAGUUUGGUCGCCAUAAGAUUUUUACAAUAAAGAAGAGUGAGUGGGAGUGGGGGAUGACUUGAGUUACUCCGGAGAUCCGAAACGGCUGAGCUGAGAGAGUUUUGUUGAGGAAGAUGAAGAGCAAUGCAUGUCUACGUUACUACAACUCAAUGGUUUUGCUGGGCCAUCAUCUGGGCUUCGGCAUAAGACAAAAUGACAUAAAAAUUAAGCUGACAUGUGACAAUGAUUGGCUCUGAAUAUUUUUGCUGAUGUGACAUAUCUAGAAAUCCUCCAAUUUAGUUCCUUUUAUAUAAUAGAGAUGUUUUUUAAAGAAAAUAUAGUUGAACAUCAAUCAUUUUUGUAUUUUGCAAAGUUUUAUAAAUAAAUACAUUGUUUUUUUUUGUCAUCAACAAUACAUACUCAUACUGACUCUGUAAACCAAACCGGGUGAUCUGCAUCCAUGUGAACGACAAAAGACGGUUGCUUUUUAGCAAUGCGUGCUAGACUAUCUGCCUUUGCGUCCGUGGUACAUAGAUAAUCUCUGAUCGGGUGAAGCUCUCUUUCAGGAUCUUGAUAUCUUCCAAAUAAUUUGCAAAAGCUGGUCAUUCUUCUGGUUCCGAAACCAUCUUCACCAAUUGAGAACAAUCCUUUGCAAACGUAACCUGAAAUUAAUGUAAAUUCCUCAUACAUUCCAUUGCCCAGAGCAACGCUUCCAUCUCCGCAUGAAGAGGCGAGAGACUAGCCCUAACAUUCCUUGCCCCUAACAAUCCAUCAAAACCUUCCAAAGUACUGAGCCAACCUUGUCCUGAAAAACUAACCCCUUCUUUCCACGAGCCAUCUGUAAAACACCAUCUUCCUGGGAUCGACGGCAAUAUCACAUCUAUUGUUUGUGGUGUCGUCCUCUGGUCAUUCACUACUUGUGCCUCAGCCCACAUUGUUGAUUCUGUUUCAGCCAAUUUAAGUGUAUCCAUAGGAUUCAUAUCCAAAUAAAUACAUUGUUAUGCUUAAAUAAUAACUACUCGAUUAAUUUUAGUAAAUUGUAUUUGUCAGAUUAUUUUAGUAAAUUUUAUCUGUAUAAGAUUCAUUUGGAUGUUAUGGUAUUAUGUUUUCUGAUUUUUAAUUAUUAAAUUAAGAUUUCAAAAUAUUAUAUUACUCUGGAUUCUUACAACCUAAUUUGUUUUUUUUUUUCAAAAAAUUAUAUUUUAGGAUCUAUGAUUUUAUAUUUACAAAAUUUGGAAUAUUAUCAUUUUUAAUUUUUAAUAUUUAUUUUUCAAUUGGUAUACUUGGUCAAGAAAUUUGGAAAAUUCACAAUUAUUUUUGAUUUUGGAAGGUUAUAUGAUUUUUGAAUUUGUUUGUUACUAAAUAAUUCAUUAUUUUAUGAAAAUAUAUUUGAAUUAUGGGUAAGAUUUGUUUAAAUAUUUUUACAGAGAUUUGGUUAUAAUUAAAAUAAAUAUCACAUUUAUGAAAAUUAAUUUUUCAUUGAUAUCUUUAAUUAAUUAUUAGAAUUUUAAAUUUUUAUAGUAACAUAUUUUGUAAGUAGUACAUGAACUAAAUGUUAUUUAUCUACUAUUAUAUUUUGUAUCUAAUAAUUUUUAGAUAAUAUAUUUCUUUUCUUUUAAAAUAGACAAAAAGAUAAUGUAUAGUUGUAAAUAAAAGUUUAACAUGCGUUAAUAAAUUGUUUUUUGCUUAAAAAUAGUUUAAUAUGUUUUGUCAAUGAAUGAUAAAUUUAUUUAGAUGAAAGCCUGUUAAAAAUAGGUUAAUAUACCAAUUUAAUAUAAUUUUUUCAUAUUUUGUUGAUGGAACACCUCUAUUUUAAUACAAUACUAGAUCUUGAUCUGCGCGACCGCGCGAGUAUUUAAUUUGUGUUCGUAUUUAGUAAUAUAUUUGUUAAUGUAGUCAUAUUUGUAAAUGUAAAUGAUAUAUUUGUACUGAAUUUUAUAUUUUAGCAUUUUAGAGUAAAAUGUAUCACCGAUAUUUGGUAUUAUAUAAAAAAAUAUAACAUUUAUAUAAUUAGAUCCAUGUCUAAGAAAUAUAGCGAACAAAUUUUUUAAAUAGAAAAUACAAAAAUAGAUAAUUGGGAAUUAGCAUGCUAUUUAUAAAUGAUACGUUAGCUAUAAUAUUUGUAAGUAAAUAAAAUUGUUGUUAAACUUCUAUCAAAUUUCGAACAUAUAAAAAUUAAGAUUUAAAUUUGUAAGAAAAUAAAAUAAAAUAUAAAUUUUAUGUAACUGAUAAAAAAUUAUAAAUGGGCAUAAUUUUGUGUACAUUUAAACCAUGACUUUGCGAAUGUUUGCUUUUACUUUUGUAAAUAUUUUUUUUGCCUAAGGUGAUAGUAUAUAUUUUAAAAUUUUACAUGUGUAAAAUGAUUAUUUAAUAAUAUUUAUAAGCAUGAUAAUUUUAUAGUUUAUAUUUUUUUUUAAUUUUAUUUUGUCUUGUAAACCGUCAAUGGUAUUACCACCAUUUUUAGAAUAUGAUCCGUGCAUCUGUACAAAUGUUUUAUUUUGUUUUUUUUAUUGUGGAUCAAAAUUUUACGAUAAUUUCUAAUAAAUUAUUUUAUAUACAAGGUAAGUUGGUAAAUAAUUAUAAUGAUGCAUGUAAUAUAUUUGUAUUGGUAAGAAGAAUAAUUAUUUUCAAAAACAAAAUGAAGAGUAACGUGAAUUGUGGGAGAGAAUGAGACAAACCGUAACUUAUAUUUUUACAUAGAUAUUUUGUGUAUAUUAUUGAUAUUCAUUGUUGUUUAUAAUGUUAAUAUGAAAUAGAUAAGUUAAAAUAUUUAUAUUAAAUUGAUUGUGAAUUUAAUUUAGGAAAUGUUUUAUUAAUUUUGAAAAAGACAUGAAAAACACAGAAGUAAGAGUAAUUAUUACUUCAUUAAUUUUAGAAAAGACAAAAAUUACUUAAAAAUAGGUUUAUUUAAUUAUAUCAAUGGCAUUAGGUUGUAAAUAUUGUGCAAAAUUAAGGGUUAGUCUUAAUUUGUACUUCUCUUUUAAUAGAUUAGAUAAAUUAUAAUCAUAAAUUUGUAAAAUAACAUUAUUUUUUAUGACAAAAAUUUAAUUAACAUUAAUUAUAAUUAUAUUAUUAAAUUAUGAAAUUAAUUAGUGCAUUAUUUAUAGAAUAUUUAAAAUGUUUGGUAAGAUUCUGGUAGAUUUUUUUCAACAGUUUUUUUAGAACUAAAAAUAAAAUUCAAAUUUAUUGUUAAAAUUGAUUUAUUAUUAUUAUCUUACUUAUUAUUAAGAUUUAAUAUAAAUAAUUAAAUAUUUUACAUUAAAUAAUUAGUUAAGUGGUCAUACUUUGAUUUGUCAAUAGUAGAUAAAAAAGACCCUAAAUUAAUAGAAUAGAUAUAAAUUAUAAUCGUAAAUUUAUAAAAUUACAUAAUGUUUUUAUGACAAAAAUUUAUUUAACAUUAAUGAUAAUUAUAUCAUUAAAUUAUGAAAUUAAUUAGUGCAUUAUUUAUAUAAACAAAUUUAAAAUGUUUGGUAAGAUUUUGGUAGAUUUUUUCUACAGUUUUUUAGAACUAAAAAUAAAAUUCAAAUUUAUUGUUAAAAUUGAUUUAUUAUUUAUAUCAUACUGAUUAUUAAGAUUUAAUAUAAAUAAUUAAAUAUGUUACAUUAGAUAAUUAGUUAAUGGUCCUACUUUGACUUAUCAAUAGUAGAUAAAAAAUUGGAUCCUAAAUUAAUAGAUUAGAUUUUUCUUCUUUUAAAAAAUUACUAAUAAUUAGACUGUGAGUGGUGACCGAUCGAAUUGCACUGUACUAUCAUUAAUAGUUACAAAAAAAUUACAUAUAUAUAUAUAUCUAUACAUUUUUGUUAAUAUUAAAAUCGUACCGCAAUUGUUCUGCAUGUUACCAAAUUAAUAUGAAGAUUGGCCAAAAUAUUUAGUCAACAACAUUUAUUACUAAAUGUCUUACCUAAUUAAAUUUUCUUCAGCUCUGUGCAUAUAUAUAUGUAUAUAUAUAUUGUUUAAGCUUUGUAUUUUACAAAUACCCAACAACAACUAGACUAACAAAUUCACGAAACAAUUCUUUGAGAUAGUGAAACCAUGAAAUCAACACAAAUAACUCUCGUUUGUAUUAUCCUGCUAUGCCUCUUCUCUUUGCAUCAAUGUGGGAGGAUGGAGAGUAGAGACACAGGGAAAUCAAGCAAAAUAUACAUACCAAAGUGUUUCAAAUCCAAUUGUCACGGCUUUCCCCUUGUGAAAAAUUGUUGGUGCUGCGUUAAUGACGAGGAUAUUUGUUGGCAAGACAAAGAGAUCUGCAUGAGAUUAUGUUGAACCCUUCGUUGUUCUCUUAAUUUCGCUUUCCAUUAUACCCAAAGCAUUACAAUAAUGUCACUCAGUAUUUUACUUCUCUUUACUGAGCAUUCCUUGAUUUAAUAAAAAACUAAUAAUAUUUAUAUGAAUAUAUGAUAAUAAUCUUGAGGAUUUAUAUUUUGGGCAA